AUGGGUUUAAUCUCUGGUGAGGUUGCGUUUUUCUUUGUGGGGAAACGGAAGGAGGAAGGAAUUAAGAGAAUGGAUGACACGACAAUUGUGGAGUUAGAGCGAAGACUUGACGAGCUCAAGAAGGUCAAGGUGUUUGACGAGAAAGUGAGGGAAGGCGUUGGUAGCCUCAUUGCGUCCAUGCCUAAUCCAGAUGAGGAGAAGGAUCCCGAGAAGAAAGUCCGGCUUCUCCUCUUGAGGUGUAAGGCGCUCACACUCUUGCCUACUUACUCCAUGGAGGCAGAGCAGGGCUGCGGUGCAGCGCUUAAGCUUUGUCAUGACAGACCCGACUUGUGGGUACUCCUCAGCGAGUGCCUUACACGCCGCAAGGCGACUCGAGAAGCGUGUGAUGCCCUGGAUAAUGCCCUGCGCAUAGAUGAUCAAAAUAUGGACGCCUUGUGUCAGUACAGUAGACUUCUAAGAAGUCUUUCCAGCGAUUCCAAACUGACACCGGCGGAACGUCUUCGACACUUAAAUGAGUCCGUGUCAUGUGCUAAGGCAGCAGCAGCUGCCUGCCCCACAAGUACAGAUGGUUGGCACUGUUAUUCGAUUGCGUUACUUUCAAAGGCCCUUUCAAACGGUGUUGAGAUUGCUGGGGCGCAAAGGGCUUUGCAGGCUAUGCGACAAGCAGCGCUGAUUUCUCCAGAGGAUCCCGAUGUACGGUUUAACAAAGGUGCUAUUGAAGGUCUUUUGGGUCAUUUUGGUAAUGCAGCAUGUGACUUCCUUGCUGCGUAUGAAGUGGAUCAAAAGCGCUUGAAGGGGACGAGGCAAAUGCUGGAAAAUCACCUCACUGUUCUCCGACGUGCCGAGUCGCAGAUAAAGACUUCACGCCAGACUGGAAAACGACCUUUUGCAUCACUGCUGGCCAAGUUGCCUUCAUUUCCUGAUGCUGUAACGAUAAACGCCAUUUUAAAUGGAUCCGUCACGUCUCCGUGUCACGUAACAGUUGGGGUGGUUGACAUUCUGAGUGAAAAUUCAAUGGAACCUUUGGUUGUGCUCGCAGCAGAAAAAUCAGGUGAGUUCCUCCUUUUACUAUUUUAUGGGUUAGUGCGAGGAGCUAUAAAGGUUAACAAUUCAAUUAUUUCUUUGUCGUUUCCGGAAUGUACUCCUGUUCGUGUCAUGCACGAGGUGCCAGAUAUCCCUUUUUUGGAAGCUAGGGCUCACAAAUCGACGUAUACGCAGAUCUUCGUUGAUUUAAAAACGACACUUCUCAAUGGAGAGCCAAUUCCAUCGCGUAUGCUUGUUUCUCCCAAGCUUUCUUCGCGACUUUUUGUGUGA